UCGACUACAGAAUACUAUGUAUUCCCCUCUACCUGAUAGUCAAGCCCCAAUAUAGCUAUUUUUACCCGACUGGAGUCUUUGGACCUAGGAUCACCCGAGCGUUUGAGAUAACAGUUCCGAGUUCUCCGUCGCCCAUUCCUGCAAAACGUUUCCGCCAUGUCCAUUAUGCGUGUUCGAUGCGAGCCUAAGCACCGCCAAUAGUGAGUAAGUAAUUACGAUCGUUGAACAACAGCUUGGAUGGGGGCACGUUCCAUACGUCUCGUGCAACCAUCUAAGUAGGAAAGCAGAGAGCGCUGGAGAGGUCUCACAAGGCCAAUGUGCCCUGCUCGGAGGAAUAGCAUGCUGAUAAUGCCGUGACUCCGGUCGUUGGUACGACCCCGCCUUCGCCUAAGCAUCCUACUGGAAGCCCAGGACAAGGCUCCGGGGACUUCAACAUAGUGAUGAAGUGAAAUGGAGUCCGGGAAUCAGGGUCAAUUGUCGUCAGCUUGGCGCGUGGUGGACGGUAGCGUGAGGCUCCAUGGAGGAGCUGUGGAGUGACAGAUACUCCUCUAUCUAGUUGCUCGUGGACAUGGGACGACGGCUGUAUCGAAGCUCAUGGUCCGAGGAACAAUAAUAAACGACUGGAGCAAUAAUGCUCCAAACAAUCAUGACACUGCAGCCGGAAGAUCCGACAAGUCACAAGAGCGGAGUCGGAGUGGCGUUGCAAGUUGUUGCAACCUGAGUUCCGUUGCCAAGGAAUGAACAGCCUCAGGCCCUCACUGGCUGUCAGUGGGAUCGGCCAAUCGGGCUGUCAACUGUCAGUGCAUGUCAGCCGCGAUCGCGUCAGCCGCGGCAAUUUCUGUAGCCUUACCUUCCCUUCCGCUUUCUCUCCUUCAUGAGCUGCCCGAGCGACAAUCUCUCUGUCAUUGACCAAUCCGAUUUCUGGAACCCGAAGACUGGGCUAAAUUGGGAUAAACACAGAAUUGGUUGGGCCAUAGCAGGGGGUUGCUCGUUGCUCACCGUUAUCAUCUCCUUCAUUUCCGUAUUGCAGCACUCCAGAAACUACCAUGUGCCUCGGGAGCAGCGUCAGAUCCUCCGGAUAUUAUACAUGCCGCCAGUAUAUGCGGUCAUCUCAUUCUUUUCAUAUCGGUACUUUCGCAGCUACACCUAUUACUCUCUCAUAUACGUCGCCUACGAAGCAGUGACCAUCAGUGCUUUCUUACUGCUCAUCAUAGAAUAUGUGGCGAACACCGCUGUGAAUCACAACGCUGAGAGCGCCAUGGCUCGCAAGGACAAGCGACCGCUUCCUAUGCCAUUCUGCUGCUGGAGAUAUAGACCCACGAAGGCUUACUUCAUGUAUACUGUAAAAUGGUCUGUCAUGCAGUAUGUAAUUGUCCGCCCCUUGGUCUCUGUCGCGGGUAUCAUCUGCCAAGCGUUCGGCGUCCUGUGCGAGAGCCAGAGCUACAACCUCCGCUUCGCAAGUGUCUACUUGUCUGCUGUGGACUUCAUCAGUAUCUCGAUCGCACUGUAUGGCCUGCUCUUGUUCUACGGUCUCACCAAAGACGAGCUGGUGGGCAAGCGCCCGCUGGCCAAGUUCCUCUGCAUCAAGCUGAUUGUCAUGUUUACUUUCUACCAAUCAUUUGUUUUCUCCGCGCUCGAGGGUCAUGUGAUCAAAGCUACCCAAUACUGGACAGAAGCAAACAUCGCCGAUGGUCUGAACGCUCUGGCAAUCUGCGUUGAGAUGGUCUUCUUUGCGAUUGGUAUGUGGUGGGCCUACCCUGCCAGCGAGUACCGCAUAGCAGGCGUGCGCACCAGCAUCUGGAGACCGAUCUGGGACUCGAUCAAUUUCUGGGACUUUGCGGUUGAGAUCUACCAGUCGCUGCGCUACUUCUUUGGCGCUGCUGUCCAUCGCCACCAUCGAGACGAGUCCAAGCUGGACUUUGGACAGGCCUUCGGAGUGGCUCCCGGUCCAAGCCACCGGUCAAAACUUCUCACAUCGACGAGCGAUCCCGUCCCAUAUGACCCCGAGGCCAUUCGAAUGGCACCAUACGCUUUCACAGCACCUGGCGCUGCCAUAUCCAGCCCAAACACUGCUGCCCAUUUCGCCGGAAAGACGGAUUUCCACGAGCCCUGAGUGGCGAACAUUAUCUGCAGGUAACUACGACUACAUACUACGACUACAACUAGCGUAUCUAUAACCAUGUAUCUUCUUAGCUCGCACAGUGUAGUGCUUCACAUUUCAUCCUCAGAUUCGUAUUCCUCAUUCAGUCCCCCCGCCGCGAGAAUUUCAGCCCGUGUCUCCACUUUGGGCGCACGCUCUCUCACAUAGUGGCCGCCUUGACGCUUGAGAACGUCGCCAUCGCGGAAUCCCGACUCCGGGGUGAGCAGAAUCUGGUACAGCAUCUGUCGCAUAUCCGCACCCAGCUCCGCGCAGUCGUCGUCGACCUUGAAAUCACCCCAUGCUUGCCAGAAUUGGGCAGUCGAAAGCGCGGCGAGCAAUGUCCCAGCCGGCGGAUACAGGAACCCGAUUGCCGCCAAAGCAGUCAAGAAGAUCCAGACAUGGAGAUGGGCAACCGAAGCCCAGUGAGCCAAAGCGCGGAUCCGGGUCGAAGGAGCUGCGUAUGGAAACAGAGCCGUGCACAGAGAUUGAACAGACUUGAUGACAGAAGAAUCAGCAGUGGAUCGGACAGAAGAAGGGAAGGCAAUCGCAGUCAGAUGUUCCGGAGCAAGAAGUAUGGCAGCCCCAACGCAGACACACCAGAGCGGAAAGAAGGCAGCUUGCAAUGGGAAGAGUGGAGAGAGUUGAGCAAAGAUGGACUCUUCUAUAAGUUCUUCUUGAACAUCAGCAUCGUUUUCGUUGAUCGCUUCAGGAUUCUCGAUCUCCAGAGCGUCUCCGGAGGCAGUCGCAGCGGAAGCAAUGAUGUCGAUAGGGUGGUCUUCAGGCAGUUUCGUUUCCAGAUCGUUGAACUCGGUUUCUACUUUUGUGACGUCAUCGUCAAUUUCAUGGAAGCCCUAUUGGCUAUGAGAGACAUGGACUUGGGGGAUCGGAAAGACAACGCACCCGUCUGAGGCGUAGAGUAGAGUGCGCUCGAGGGGUGAACUCAAUCUCGUCCGUGGGAUGGCCGUC